UACGUCGCUCGCGGGGAAUUUGACUGCAGCCAGCAUUGCACCAAUCCUGAUGAUGCAGACUGGUGGGGUGUAGAUCUACGCCGAGCCAGCCCGGUUGACAGCAUUUCAUCACCGUUCCACCACCUGUACGUUGGCUCAAUUCCUGUCUGAUUUCGUUUCACCUUGUUCGUUUUGAUUUUGAUACAAUGUCACAGGAAUCAAGUACUGGUAUUGAUGACAUUUCAUCGUGGAGCCAGGAAACUUGUAGACUGAAACUCAAUGAAACACUGCCAUUGCUGAUAGCUCAGUAUUGCAACGGAGCUUCAGAGACAAAGAAAGUGAGCAUCUUAAAGACAAUGGUCGUCUCGCUGUUACCAGUCCUUGGUGAAGAUGAAAGGGAGAGAGAAUUCUCAGCACCUGUCAUGUCACAGACAAGAGUAUUGUUCAGCAGUAUAUGUAGCUCAAUAAUUACAGCUCUACAGGAAUCAGAUUCAUCACAGGAUCUCAGCCAUUCCCUGCUCCACAGUUUACAGUUGUUGGUAGAGGUGAUCAGUAUUCUUGAGAUGGUGGUUCAGCAGUUGAUGCCUUCUAAAGGAGAUAUGGUUUCCAUGACAACCAUAGAAUCAUUGCCCUGUAAUGUUCUAUCAGUUAUACAAAGGUCAUUCAGUCAUUGCAAGGAUAGUCACACGGUUUAUGGAGAUCACUUCCCGGCUGUUUCCGAACAACUCUCCACCCUCUUCAAGAGAGCUUACAGUCUUCAGAAAGCCUUGAUGAUGCUACUUGAAGCUGUCUCUGAUUCAACAGAUAGCAGCACUGAAAGUCUAUCAAAUGUCUGUGAUGGUUUCCAUGAUCUGUGUAGGAUCAUUAGCGGCAUGGACACCACGCUCCUAGUGAGUACCUGGAGGUUUCUAGUCAAGCUUGUCAUCAAACACAAGGAUUCAAUCCAACAAUCAUUUCAGACACCGCCAUUGGUCCAGACCCUAUGUAAUGAGGUGGAAUCCCAUUACUGCCACGCCCUGGACCUCGCCCCUCGGCCCUCUGGUCUGGAGGUCCAGGGCUCCCAAGGGACGGAUGAGAAGGCUUUCGCCAGGACUCUGAAGGUUUGCAGUCUCUGCUUCAAGAUGCUUCAUCACUUGAUCAAGGAAUUUCCUGAGGAGUGUGUGGAGGAAUGUGGUCCACAAGUAGUCCAGGUCCUGCUGGUCUUACAAAGUGUGACCCCGCCGAGUCUCCAAGCCAAAGACAUAUCGGAAAAGGCUCUCAAUGAUCUUCAGAGAUCAGUCCUUGUGGGCAUUGAACCUCUGAUUCAACUCUUUAUCACCAGUAGGAGGUUCUGUGACUCACUUCUUGCUGUCAAUCAAGAACGUAAACCUGACCAAAGUCUUGCCACUUUACUCACCCUGAUCACCAUCCUGAAGCUGUUGCCCACGGCAACGGAUGAUGCUCGCAUCCUCUGGCUAGAUCCAGUAUUUAUGCCUGAGGAUGAACCGAGAGAAGAUCUUGUUUCAGGGAUAUUCACAGCUAUUAAGAAUUGUUACGUUGAGCUGCGUAAACCCGUUACUCUACCAGGGAUCAUGUGUAAUGGUAAACCUCCAACUGAUGUCUGUCUGUAUGAAUUCAUUGUGACCCAUCUCUGUGGUUUCGUUGCGUCCUUACCUGCGAGACUCUUCCUAAAUGUGGAAAGAUGCCUUCUGGAGAAUGUCCUGGGUAGCGACUGGUCUUCUGUUACUGUUGCAGUUGAUGUCUGGUGCUUCAUGGCAAGAUAUGGUUCUGCAAAUUUGUGCUUGCAUCAUGUUCGGUCAAUGUGCGACCUCUUGACCUCACUGCCGACCAAUCAGAGCAAGGCGUCCAUCCACUUGACACUCCUCCUUGGUAGACUGAUCCCACUCCUGGCACCAGAUCAUCAGCUGGAGCUCCUUUCUUCCUAUCCUGUAGAAAGGCAUCCAGACCUGUGGUCUGGGUUUCCACUAGCCUCUUUACCAGACUCAUGUAGAGAUUCAGUAUGUGAAGGAAUCAUCAAGAGCUGUACAAAGGUGCUAAGUGACUGGACAGAGUCUAAGCAGACAAGAGACGUUAGCUCAGCACAAAAUAUUAUAAAACAUCUCUUACAAGUGCAGCAGUUGUUUGGGCAAAAUGACAUCAACCAGCGAAUCACAGCCGACCUUACAAAACCUCUGGGUAAAGCUCUUGUAUGUAUGUGUUCUAGUCUUUCAUUGGACAAGCUGUCUCCUACUGUAUUAGGUUGCAUUGUAGAUAUAUCAGCUCAUACCCUGGAGCAUGUAACAUCUGGACACAUUCUACAGGUGCUGAAGACGGCAAGUUCCUCAAUCGAGUCAGGUUCACCUUUGACCUUGCAGUUAUCUUGCAUUAACUUUCUUCGUAGAUUAGCCAAGAGAACUAUACCCACCUGUCCAGAGCAAUCACAAAUCCUUGAGCACAUUCCUAUCCUAUUUGGCAAAGUUUUGUCAGAUUCCAACUUCAUCGUCCGUCAACAUGCUUUAGAAGCGUUCAGUUCAUUUGCAGAGGAAACUACUCACGAAUCAUUAGUCCCAGAAUGCAUCAGAGCGGAUGAUGUCCAGAAGAAUGUUGUAGAUUACCUCAAUCAGAUUCCAGCACAUGCCGACCUUCUGUCGAAAAGGUCAGAGGUCAGUUUUCUUCAAGGUGAAAGAUUAAGACUGCAAGAUGUGGCUGAAAGAAUGUCCAUGCAGAGUUUAUCAUCAGAUUCUGAGAUGAGCGUGAGAGGAGAGAGUGCAAACAUGGCAGAGAACAGCUCAAAUAGAACAGAGGAGCCUCAAUCUAAACGUCACUGCUCAGACGCUGAAGCCCAACUCCGAGAUGUUGUAGGGAUGUUAAAGGGCGCCCUCACAAGAUUAAAGGAAUUGAAUGUGGGAAUGUUAAAGAGACCUGAUUGGCUGGAUGCAGAGCUUUUAUCAGCCAGGAAUUGUUUGGAUGACCUGCUCUCUGAUAAAGAGACUCCUUCAUGACCUUGAGGUGACCUCGCAUGUACAGGGAAAUUUGGAAUGACUUGUAAAUAACUUGAUUCAAGUACAAUACUACCUCAAAUCAUAUGGAUGGUAGAUCAAUUCUAUCGUUUCAUUAACCAUUUCACUUGCGAAUUGUUCAUUUCCCCUGGCUUUGUUCUGGGAUCCCUCUUCCCCCCACCCCCAUUCCAGUAGGCAAAAUAGGGAUGGGAGGGGAGGGGGACAAGAGUUUGGGAAGUGACAUUUCAUUUUUUUUACUGCAUAUAAUUGAGCCUACAGGUCUUACAACCCUAAAGAACAAUAACAUUCAGUGUAUGACUUUCAAGGGAAAUUAAUUCAUUUUGGGGAAGUCAUGAUUCACGUAACAAUUUGAGUAUGAUGCAUGACUGAUGUCAACAUUAUGUUUACGCACAAUGGGUAUAGAACCGUUUGGGAGGUAUUGAUCCCAUAUUUGCCUCUCCUCGCCCAAGAGUAGAUGGAUAACUAGCUGAACCAUGAAUAAGAGUUUUCUGAAUUUAACAUUUUAUCCAGAUUAAAGUUAACUGCAAGUUGUAGUGACGAUUUCAAAAUGAUUUUGUACAGAGUCCAGUAAAAUAACCAAGUGUCUGUAACAAUAGUAAUAAUAAUAACGAUAUAUUUACACAUGGUAGCCACUUAAGUUUCGAAAACUGUUCUCCCAGCAGGCCCUGCUAUUAUUAUUACCCCGGCUUGAACUAGGCUACCUAAAGGCGCUCAAGCAUUCAAGGAAUUUCUUCCUACCGGUUACCAAUUCACCUCACCGAGUUGAGUGCAUCACAAUGUGGGUAAAUUUCUUGCUGAAGGAAAACACACCAUGACUAGGAAUCGAACUACGGCCCUCUGAAAGACGAGAGUCAUAGCCACCAGAUCUCAACGUCCCCAUAUGUAUAAAUGGAAAGUUACAUCCAAAAGAAUUCUGGAAGGAAUUGUGUCAUUGUUGGGAUAUUAGCAAAUUAAGCAUGGAAUUCCACCCAGAUGUCGGGCCCUUUAACCAAGCAAUUAUAAUACACUGGCCCACGUUUGCCUAUGUGUGUUGAUUUUUCAGUGUGAUUGUUUUUGUCUCGCCUGCAUAGCAGGGCGAGACUAUUAGGCGCCGCUUUUCCGGCGGCGGCGUCAAUAUCAAAUCUUAACCUAAGGUUAAGUUUUUGAAAUGUCAUCAUAACUUCGUAAGUAUAGGGACCUAGUUCAUGAAACUUACAUAUAAGGGUAAUGAAGUAUUACUAAACAUCCUGCCCGAGUUUCAGGUCACGUGACCAAGGUCAAAGGUCAUUUAGGGUCAAUGAACUUUGGGCAUAUUAGGGGUAUUUGUUGAAUUUCCACCGUAACAUCUUCAUGGAGCAAUUCGAACACCAAACACUCGAGACUGCCGACAUGCAACCUUCAAUCUGGCUAAGAUAUGUGGACUACACCUUCGUCAUCUGGCCCCACUACACCAAGGAACUCUUCCUCCACCACAUCAACAAGCAGCACCCAGACAUUAAAUUCACUAUGGAAACCCAACUGCACAUCCUCAUCAUGAAGACCACAUCAGGGUUCCUCUGGCACCAAGUCUACUGAAAACCAACUGACACAGACCGAUAUUUCUACUACUGCUCCUUCCACCACCCAUCCAUCUGGCAAUCAGUACCCAACUCCCUCAUCUGCCUCGCCCACCAACUCAGUGACAAGGACCACCUCUAGCAGGAACUCACCCACAUCUCCAAUGCACUCACCUCUCAUCAACCAGUACCCCACGACCAAGGUCUCCACUCAACCGCCAAGGCACCAGCACAACCACCAGCGACCAAUCCACCGACAACCAACCUGGCACAAUCGUCCUCCCAUACCUAAGCAAGACAUCGCACCAACUACGCCGCAUCCUCACUCAAGCAAACAUCAAAGUCAGACAACGAUCCUCCAAGAAGCUCCACUCAAUCCUGCACUUACACAAGGACAAGAACCCUCCCAACAAGCAACCAGGCGUCUACAAAAUACCAUGUGACUGCGGUUAAGUCUACAUCGGGGAAACAGGCCGCAACUUCGUCACAAGGCUUAAGGAACACAAGUCCUGCCAAAGACUGGGACAGGUCAGCCAUUGUCAAGCACGCACAGCAAGAAGGUCACUGCAUUGACUGGGCAGACAGCAUACUCAUCAACAACAUCAAGCAUUGGUAUACCAGAAGAGUCAGAGAAGCCAUUGAGAUACAAUGACAUGACACAUUGGACUGCACCUAACAACAUCUGGAACCGCACCCAAUCCUUCACCUAGGCACCAAUCCUUCAUUUACACAUGCCACACUACCGCCGACAACUACACCCGCGGCUCCGCCGACGACCAAGCCCACCAUACCACUCACAACUCAAGCUGCCGCAUCAUCCACACCUGAGAUCGCCGCACCGCCGAAACAACGAUGCCGCUAUAAUCUCCGCCCACGCCUACCCAACAUACACCAAGGAAGUUCACACGACCCAGCCCGUCACCAAUCCCUCUGACGUCCGCACUCACGCCCACACAACUCCCAGAAGUCACAGCGCCACCACUGAACACCCGCCGCCGACCCGGCCCGCCACCGAUUCCUCCGACGUCCGCAUUCUCGCCAUAAGUAUCCCACACUCAUUUAGCAUCCUUCACUCCUGAAGACGGACAGUCAACCUGCCCGAAACGUCGAGAAACCUCUCUUCACUUCAACCUGCUACUACUCAAAUCAUUGCUACUUGGGCCAUAUUCAGCUCAUCUCAUCUGGUUUACAGUCCUUUUCAAGACAUCACUCACUAUCAAGAAAAGAAUAAGAAAGAAUUCAUAUUACACAUGGUGAACCGUAAACCUUCUCCAUGUUAAGAGUAAUAAAGUAUCACUGAACAUCCUUUGCAUGUUUUAAGUCACAUGACCAAGGUCAAAGGUCGUUUAGGGUCAAUGAACUUUGGUCAUGUUGGGGGGUAUUUGUUGAAUUGGCAUCAUAACUUCGAAAGGUUAUGGAUCUAGUUCAUGAAACUUAGACAUUAGGGUAAUCAAGUAUAAAUUAUUGUUUUACACACAUCUUAGAUCACGUGAUCAUGGUCAAAGGUCAUUUUGGGUCAAUGGACAUAGUAUUCUAAUAUCAUAUGAAUGUUUUCUUUUGUGAAUAAUUAUUCAAUAGCUGGUUUCAAAGUCAGCACUGCUGCUAUAUCGAAUCGCGUAAUGCAGAUGAGACUGCCAGAGGCGUUCCACUUGCUUCUUUUUAACCGAGAUUUCAUGAUUUCGCGAACUUUGAUUUAUGUAACUUUACCAGAACUAGAUUUAUGAUGACAUAUUGACAAUUAACCUUGGUUGUGCAGACAAGCCAGACAUUCUCAUGAAAUUAGUGUUUACUGCAAGUACUGCAAGUAUCCUAGCCAUGGCGUAAUUUCCUUCAGCAAGAAAUUUAUCCACAAUGUACUGCACACAACCCAGGUGAGGUGAAUGGGUAUUAAUUAAUUCCUUGAAUGCAUGAGCGCUGAAAUGCAGCUCAAGCUAAAGCUUGGGUAAUAAUAAUAACAACGCGCCUCAGAAUAAUAUUUUUCUAGAUAGAUGGCACUAUAUAAAUGCCUAUUAUUAUUAUUGUUAUUAUUUUCAUUUAUCUUUUGACGUAUUCAAAACACUCACACAGGCUUACUAUUUACACAUCUAAACUCUAACCCUAGUAUUAUGAACACUGGUUUUAUUCAAGUCAGUCUAAAGUUGUUAUUUGACUGUGGAUAUCCAAUUGAUACAAAUCUAUAAUGGUAGAGUCUAGAGAUUCGGUUUGUCAGCAAAUUUCUUGCUCAGUUAAGAGGAAUCCACCCAUGGUCAUAAAAUGUUGUGUUGGAAAGGAUAAAAAAUAAGUAAAUCAGGAUGGGGAAAGUUUGAAAGAAAUAGGAUUAGCAAUAAAGUUAUGGCUGCUUUAAAAUUGAGAUACCUAUAAGACUAUGUAGAUUUCAAAUUGGCAACUGGGUAGUAAAUUAUGACAAGGGGCAAGGACAUCUUUACCAUAGGCCAUGUACUUACAUGUAAUUUUCAUGGAUUGGUGGUUUUCUCGUAAGUACCUAUUUCCCUGGAGCAGUAAUCUAAAUACAACCCAGGUAGUAUAUUGUUUUAUAUCCUCAUGAAAGAAAAAUAUAAUUUGAAGUAAAACUUUUGAAAGAAAAAUGAAAUUUUAGCCAUUUUAUAUGUUGGAGUACAUGGCAGAGUCUUCCUUGCCUUACAUCACUAUCACUAUGACAUCACAUGUAUAUGGCAAAUUCGAAGUCUCCAUGGGUAAAGUGAUAACCAAUAUUUACAACUUUUAAACUUCAUAGCUUUCUUAUUCUUUGUCUGAUAUCGCUCAAAGUACCUUCAAUCAACUUGUCUGAUUUUUCCUUUUCCUCUAAAAACAAGUUCUUAUUUGGGUAGGAUUCCCCUUUAAGCCUGUAAAUCAGAUUCUCAGUUGCAAAAAUGAGCAUUGAAUCUGAGAUAAAUGUAAUUGGGGUUAGUUGUAUUGCUCUAUUGUACUAUGGAUGCAGUGUGAUAUAAAGUAUUGUUUAUACAUGUACAGGAGUAUUAAGAGGUUAAAUUAAAUUUGAAAUUCUAUUAAGAAAUUUUAAUUUCAGUAUAGUCUUGUGUUAUAGGUCUUGACAUUUCUGAUAUUUACUAAUAAAGAAAAUAUGAUGGAGUAGGUGGAUGAUGUACUCCAGAAAUUAA